AUGGGCACUCGAAUUCCUCAUCCCCCGAGCACGAAUUUCAAUGGCGAUCGUGAUUUCCCCUCCCCUCCUGCGAAGCGCGCAAGACUCAAUACGGGGUCCAAGAUUGGCAACAAUGCCAAGAAUGGCUCUCCUAAGAAAGGUGGGAUGAGGAAGCGUAUCAAAAAUGAAAUCCCAGACUCCGAAGACGAGCAACAGCAGGACGAUGGUCAUCCCACUGCAUUAGCGGAGCCACCAAGAGCCACCCAAUUGGAAACCGCGUUGCCGGCGAUCAAGAGCGAUGAGGAAGCGAUUGAAGAGUAUGAAGCGUAUAAAGCGGGCGAAAAUGCGCUGAGUGAGGGAGAAGAACAAGAUUCCAGCACCACACAAUCCCGGCUUGAGACGAGAUCGUGGGUGAGAGGCAGAAGCUCGCUGUACGUCGAUGCGUUCAACCUUGCUCUGGAUACAGUGCUUGAGGAUGAGGGCCACUUGUUCAAUGAAGCUGAAAUGCAGCUCUUCCAAGACUGGCGUGAUCUGGGCUACGAAGCGCAGUAUCUUUAUGUCCGGUUGUUCUUGCGGAAAACCAGUAAAUGGUUCCGUGUCAAAGAUCUCCCUUAUUUCAGUGAUAUUUCUAACAUCGAUGCGUCGGUCGCCGAACUGCAAAAGGAAAGAGAUUUACCAAAUGUGUCUCCUGAGGUCGUGUUCCACCCAGGCGAAUUUGAACCGCCAGAGGGUAUGGUCUUGGAUGAUAGAUACACCUUUGCAGAAUGCUCGUCUGAGCAAAUCACGACCCUCGAUGAAGCGAGUGAGCUUUUACUCUUGGAUGAAUUGAAGUCUCUGGCCAAAGAUGCCAAAGUCCGAGGCAAGAACAAGCGAGAAUUGCUGCAGAAUUUUCGACGUACCAGUGGGAAGCAGUCUGGCCUAGGAUUCAAAGAACUGCGGCGGACGGAGACUGAAGAAUCUACUGGUAGUGCCAUAUCGGAAGAUGGUAAGUCGAACGUUGACGAAGAUGAAUGGGAUAGUAGUGGGUCGAGGACGCCCAUCACGAAUCGUGAUGCACAUUUCACAAAAAAGAUUCUCGACCGAACAGGACGAUGCAUUCGUCUGGCACUGACACCCCUAAAGCUAUUUGAGCGCGUGCAUCUUGUAUUCUACCGGAGUACUGAGUGGACAGAGAAGAGUUUGACAACAUUGAUUCUUGCGAAAAUCUCGCGUCGAAACUUCCCACAGUAUAUUGUCAGCAGAUCCUCGACCAUAUUCGAGUCGAGAGCUCUUCUACUUGAGUUUGAGGCAAGCCUUCGGACACAAUUCAAGAUGGACAACUUUCUCGAAUUUAACGGGACGCCUAGCUCGUUAACUCUUCAGGAGGUGAAAGACAUCUUUGAGGCGGUCUACCCGCGAUGGAAGGUUUUGCUCCAAGAGGAACAGCGCAAAGAAGACCGCGUUUAUGAGAGUGGCGAAGGAGCAUACCUUCGACGAUUCAGCCCGGCUUGGGUUUAUACCCGCAUCGUUCACAAAGGUCUACAUCCUUUGGCGAGGUUCAAAGAACAUCUUCGUGAACAUGGGGUUUUGACCGAGUUGUUGGAGCAGCGUCUGUUCCACGCAGCUCGGCGAGGCGCAUGGUAUCAACGAAAAGCGCUUCUAGAAGAACAUUAUAUGCAUGCAUUGGUGCCUGAUGAUGGCCGAAGCUCUGAAGUGAACAAAAAGCAUUGGAAACGGAUAGCACUGAGUACUUGUGAGCAAGGGCUACAAGACAAGGAGUGCCAUAUCAUCUACCAUUACGACUUACAGAAGAGAAUCAAGAAAUUGGAAAAGCAACUCCGCCUUCCAAUGCGAGAACAGCAUGAUUUUGGACAUGUAAGGCUGAGCAAGGCGGUUGAGAGAGAUGUCGUUGGAAUCAAGAUCGAAAGCGGGCGCGAAGACACACCGUCGAGAAGUCUCAGUCUUAGCCGCAAGAACAGUCUCAAUACUACACCGACAAAGCCUAAGGAUGCCACAGUCGAUACACCGAACGAGAAGCCUGCUGCGAUACCGCGAUUGCAAUCUCAUUCAAGUACUGGUGGCGGUCCUGGUGCCAAAACCAUUUGGCUCGAUGAGCUUGACACAGAAGAGCAUGUCUCCGUGGAAGCCAUGUGCCUUUCGCAUUACCGGAAAAUUCUGGGCUAUAAAGGCUAUCACUCGGAAGGAGGCAUUCUUCGCACGCUAUUCGGUCUGCUCUUCCACGACAUUCUUUUCUUCAAUCCUUAUAUCCCUAAUGUUUUCCAAACUGCAUAUCAAACAUGUCCACUAGAUCUCCACACUGAUUCAUUCUACUCCUCACGGGUCCACGAGAUCACACAGCGUGUGAAUGAGAUCUCCAACGGUGGUGCAUUGGAGAUCGCUACCCGCGUGUGGGACGAGAACUUCGACAAAAAAACAUACAUCAUAGGCGUGAGGUGGGAUGGGUUCGAGCGUGACGACCUCCUCGAACUCAUUCAAUGUUGGGACGGCAGUGCUCUCGGUACCGUCAUGCUCGUCAUGGCUCAAGAGUAUCAGGCCCGUGGAGGCGGCGUUCCUGAUCUAGUACUCUGGAAGACGUAUGAUGACCAACAGCAGCAGGAGAGCAAAACUGGUGCGAAUCGUUCUAAAGGAGAAAUCAUGUUUGCCGAAGUCAAAUCUGUGAAUGAUCGGUUGAGCGAUACCCAACGCUUAUGGAUCUCUGUGCUAUUGGGAGCAGGAAUGAAAGUCGAACUGUGUCAUGCUGUUGCUGGUGAAAUCUGCAUCGAAUGA